AUGUCUGACAGAGAGCAAAAGAGUGGUAACACCGCCUUCGAGAACCCUAAGGCGUUCGACUCCUCAGAUAAUGAAUCUAUCUGUGAAAACAACGAGCACAACGAGCACAGCCGCCAUUCGCAGGAGUCCCUGUGCAAAAUCUAUACCGCGGGCAAAAACAACGAGUACAUUUAUAUCGGUCGUCAAAAAUUCCUUAGAGACGAUUUGGCAGAAGCGUUUGGUGGUACUUUGAAUCCCGGUUUAGCCCCCGCGCCGGUCCAUAAGUUCGCUAAUCCUGCUCCCCUAGGUCUUUCUGGUUUCGCGCUCACCACGUUCGUACUUUCUCUGUGCAACGCAAGGGCUCAAGGCGUCACCACCCCCAACGUCGUUGUAGGGUGUGCCAUGUUUUACGGUGGCCUGGUGCAACUGAUUGCGGGCAUUUGGGAGAUCGCUCUGGAAAAUACUUUUGGUGGAACUGCCCUGUGUUCUUUUGGCGGGUUUUGGUUAAGUUUUGGUGCUAUUUACAUUCCUUGGUUCGGUAUUCUGGACGCCUACAAGGAUAAGGAGUCUGACCUCGGGAACGCCCUAGGGUUUUACCUCUUGGGAUGGGCACUAUUCACUUUUGGUCUCUGCGUCUGCACUAUGAAGUCAACCAUAAUGUUUUUUGCCUUGUUCUUUCUCUUAGCUGUCACGUUCUUACUAUUGUCAAUUGCGAACUUCACAGGUGAAGUUGGUGUCACUAGGGCUGGUGGUGUCGUGGGCGUCGUAGUCGCCUUCAUUGCCUGGUAUAAUGCUUACGCAGGUAUCGCCAAUAGGCAAAACUCAUACAUCAUGGUCCAUCCUUUCCCGUUACCUAGUAACGAUAAAGUCUUUUUCUAA